AUGGGUAGUGGUGCUGGGGUUGGAGUGGGCUCGACAACGCCAGGAACUGGUCAAGGAACGACGGCAGCAUACGGUGGAACCGGAGCGAACACCGAUAAACUUGGGACGAAAGCUAUUAUCUUUAUCUCAAAUCCCAAACGUCGCCAACAAAAGCCUGACUCAGAGGCUGGCGAGAAGAUCACAAAUGUAUACGAAACUGUACCAACUGAACCAGCACCUAUCCAUUUACCCCAGAAAAAAUACGGAUUCUCCAUUUUUAACAAGAAACGUCCUUCACCACACAACUGGCUUGAAUGGAUUCCGUAUGAAGAGUUGGAGGAGGUUGAAUUUGUUGCUAAAGGGGGAUUUGGGAUAGUUGAAAAGGCCAUAUGGAGAGAAGGAAAGGUGGAAAAGUGGGAGAAAAGAGGGUUAUGGAAUGUUGUCGAGAGCAAGACGCCAAUGGGUGGUUCAAGGCAAAAGCGAAUUUAUAAAAGUGACAUUACUGAGAAACCAAGUAGGAAAGGGCCAAUGAUGGUUGCUGUAAAAACUUUUGAUAAAAUGACGAGAUUUAAUUUGGAAUUUUUGAGAGAGAUUGAAUCACACCUGCGCCUCUCAACAUACUCCUCUCGGAUACUUCACGUCCUCGGUAUAACUUUAAGUCCGUCCAAUCAUUUUUCCAUCAUACUUGACUAUGCACCACACGGCAAUCUUCGUGACUAUCUUCGUCGAGGCUAUCUCACCUGGCAUAAACGAGUACGAAUACUACACAGGAUAGCCGCUGGAUUACAUGAGAUACAUACGGCUAAUUUGAUUCAUAAAGACUUGCAUUCCGGAAACAUAUUGGUUGGAGAAGAGGGUAAUGUUGUUAUUGCAGACUUGGGAUUAUGUGACAAGGUCGUUGACAGCGAAUACGAGAAGAUCAGACAUGGGAUGGCAAAGGAGGGUAAGAACGUAGACAGACAUAAAGAAGCAGGGGGGCAUAAAAUCUUUGGUGUCCUUCCCUAUGUGGCUCCAGAAGUACUCCGAGGUCACAAGUAUGAACAAUAUUCUGAUAUAUAUUCAUUUGGAAUCCUAACAUGGGAAGUUUCUACCCAGCAGCGGCCUUACUAUAAUCGCACUCAUGAUCACAUGCUUGCAGUAGAUAUUUGCUACGGCAUGAGGCCUGAUAUUCCGUCUUAUGUUCCCAAAAGUGUAAGGAUGAUAAUUAACAGGUGUUGGGAUACUGAUGUAGAAAAAAGACCGACUGCGGGAGACAUUAGGUGGCUUUUGUGGCAAUUAUCCAAGACAAAUAAUGGUGAAAGUGAAGGGAAGGAAUCGUUUGAAGAUGAGAAAGGAAAAAUGGCGGUUUGGAAUAUAGGUGAUGAAGAAUGGCGAAGUAUAAGUAAUGAAUUUGACUUUGACGAUGAACGUACUGUUGUCGAUGAAUCAGAGUAUGAACGUUUGGAUGAUAUAGAGGAUGACGUCAAGACGGUCUACACGAGUAAGCAGAUAAUUGCUGUAAGAGAUCUUGGAGAUUAUGAAAAUUAUUAUAAAACAUUGGAAAUUAGUGAAGACCAAAGACUUGAUUCUAGGCAAAUGGAUUUGAGCAUCUCUACUGCGGUCGACGAAAUCGAUACCGGCAAUCAAGAAGAUUAA